AUGUGUCAUGUUGGCAAUAUAUAUGGGCCUGAUCUGCCUUGGCCGAUCGGACGGGCUUCCUCGCGACGAGUGUCCAGAGACGAGGACUCGGGGGGGGGAGGGGGGCGCUGGGGCAACCGAUGCGUGUACGACGCCGACAAGAUGGAGUGCGAGAAGCGCGGCGAGGGCCAGCUGGACCUGGGCGAGUUCGCGUACGUGGCGACCAAGAUGGCGCUGCCGGAGAUGAAGUCGUGUGGAUGGGAGGUGCUCAAGGAGCGCGAGGAAUUCUGGGGCGCCAAGAAGCACAUCCACGGAGAGAAGGGCGUCGUCGACCUGAGAGACGACUACUACUCGCGAGACUGA